CCAAUCGGGAGCAAGGCCCGAGCAUGGCAUCGUCCCAGCGCGUCCCGCUCUUGAAGCCCAAGGGCGCGCGCAAGCCGACGCGCGUCUCGAUCGGGCCUCGGCCCAAGUCGUCCCAGGCACCGGCGUCGCAGCCCAAGCCGGCAAAACCAGCGUCCGCCACGGACUCGCCCGUGCCCGAGACGCGGUCGCGGUCCAACUCGAUCGCAAAGGCUGCUACCGAGGCGUCGCCCGAGAAGAAAGCCCCGGCUGCUACGUCUGUGCCACCGCCUGUUGCACCGACGCCUUUGGUCCCGCCGCCAGCCGCGAAAGCUCCAACGCGCAUCCUCGCCGGCGGCGCCUUCACGCCCGGUGGCUCGUUUGGUGUUGGCAGUAGCCCCAAAGGACCUGCCCGCACGGCUGCGCUACGCCGGCCGGUCCCGAUUGCGAUCCCGUCGGCGGGAUCCGAGCCUCCCCGAGUCGUACCUGCGAAAUCGCCCACGUCUGCAACGCCUGAGUUGGCACCGGGAACACCAGUGCAGAAGCCAGGGACUCCUGUGCAGAAACCAGGAACUCCUGUGCAGAAGCCAGGAACUCCUGUGCAGAAGCCCACGCCAGUGCAGAAGCCUGGGACACGGGUGCAAAAGCCAACACCUGUGCAGAAGCCAACGCCAGUCUUGAAGCCCGGAACCCCAGUGCAGAAGCUUGGAACCCCAAUCUUAAAGCCUGGAACACCCAUGUCCAAACCGUCGACGCCCGUGUCCAAACCAUCAACGCCUGUCGCCAAGCCUGUAGCUCUCGAGUUGCCCGCUAGCACCUCGGACGCCAGCACGAAAUCGCCAACAACCAAGACGACCAAGACGACCAAGAAGGCCAAGUCGGCCAAGAAGGUCAAGGCCUCCAAGAAGACCAAGGCUACCGAGACGGUAGCCAAAGCAGCGGCACCGACGGGCGCCGUGGCGUCGCCAAAAGCACCCGCGUCCAUGCGCCUCCGAAGCUUGACCAAGCCGAUGGUGGCGGCGCCAGAGCCCGUGCGCGUCACGCCCGCUCGUGCUGAGAAGCAAAAAAAGGCCAAGAAGGCGAAAGCACAACCCUCGUCGGACGAGCCCAAGGCCAAGCGACAGAAGCGCCCGGUGACGCCCGUCGUGGACGAGGUCAUUGACGACGACCAUAGCGACGGCGGCUAUGCCCAUUUCUUUGAAGUCGUCGACGAUGACGACGAUAUGGAUUUCAACGACGACGACGACGACGACGACGAAGAUGCGCCGAUCGCCAUGUCGAUCGCGCGCCGGGGGAACAAAAAGUUGAGAAAAGGGCCCAAACCAUUGGCCAUCUUACCUGCGUCCCAGCGAGUGCUCGACUAUGCGCGGCCGCUCCUCGAAGACGACGAGGUCCAGCCAAAGAAGAAGGCCAAGCGCAAGAAACUCGCCAAGAUGUCGGAGGACGAUGUGCUCGAGUCGGAAGACGAGCUCGCGGCGGAAGCAGCAUUGGCAAAGAUGACCAUGGGCGAGCUCGCGAUGACCGUGCCCCGGGGUGUGCGCGACGACGCCGACGACGAGGGCAGCGAGAACGACGACGACGAGACGAGCCGCCCUGCGCGUGACGAGGCCCGCCCCGCCCCCGCAAGUGGUCCGCGAGUCGAGUUUGUGGACGGCCGCAUCGUCGUGGUCGAAAGCAGUUUGACGAUCCACGAAGACGAGCUCAAUGUCAACCACGACAGCGAGCAGGACGACGACGACGAGAAAAAGAAGCGGCGUCAAUCCGGCGGCGGCUACUUGGUGGGGCGGCGCACGUCCAAGCGCUGGGCGCACUCGGAGACGGCGCAGUUUUACUAUGCGCUGAGCCAAGUCGGCGUCGAUUUCACGCUCAUGGCGACGCUCUUCCCGAGCCGGACGCGGCAAGAGCUCAAGAUCAAGUUUAAAAACGAGGAAAAGGUGCGGCGACACCUCGUGGACCUCGCGCUCUCGUCCGCGGCGCGCCCCCUCAACACCAGCAUUGCCGAGAUGGUCGAAGCCAUCUUGGCCAAGGAAGCGGAGAGGAAGAAGAAGGCCAAGCGCGGCGACGUCGACGACGACGACGAAGCCGAGGCCGAAGCCGAGGAAAUGCCUCUUCUCUUCUAACGUGUAAUGCACCGAGACUCUUGCAUG